AUGAACUGCUGCGUCGUCGGUUGUACCAACAGGUACACGUCGUGUCCUGCGGGAACGACGUUUCACCGUUUUUCAACUCGUCCGUGCUUUAUUGGGCAGCGGCAGAAGUGGAUCGCGGCUGUGCGACGAAAAACCCAUGACGGAAGAAACUGGGAGCCCUCUCGGCACUCGAAGAUAUGCAGUGCACAUUUCGUUGGGGGUGUGCCGUCCAAGGAUGCGUCAUCCCCGUCGUACGUGCCAACGAUAUUUCCUGACGAGUAUCGUAAGCGUUCCGUGCUUGCAGAAGAUAAGCUUGGACGCUAUGAAAGGAUUAAGAAGCGGAGAACAGCUACACCAGCUGUUGCAAAUCUCGCCCACUUCGCCGUGUUGCAAGCUGCACCACUUAGAGCCACCAUGGACUCGCCAGCAUCUUCACCACUGAUGGAGGAACCUGAAGACACCGAUGAAAAUAACGAAUCCGAACAGCUGCAAGGCGUUGAGGUCUCAACGCAGACGCUGGAGACACCGCAGGCCCACAGUAAAGGUGUCCUUACGAUUGCCUGCACCCUGUUCGCCGAUGCAUGCGAGGCGUCCACCCAGGUUGCAUUCUUUGCAGCUGAACAGCCAGCAACGGCUGACGCAAGUGUGGCUGCGUUGUGCUUGGACGACCACCAACCAAAGGGUUUCUAUGGCUACCAGUCCUUGGUAGACAAGGAAAAUGAUGCCCUCAGAGACCUAACUGGGGUGACCGUUACUGUGUUCCUGGCCCUAUUGCGCCUAAUGCCACAGGUGCGUGGCGAGAGGUACUUGGACCUGGCAGUGGGCAGCAAGCUCCUGUUGUGUCUUAUGAAGAUGAAGCAUGGCCUCACGUUCUCUGCGUUAGGAGUUCUCUUUGGCAUUCAUCGUACAAGUGCAUCGCGGAUUUUCUAUGCCAUUUUGGAUGUCCUCUAUGUCAGUACUCAAGGGUGGAUCAAGUGGUUUUCAAGGGAUGUCGUCCAAGCAACAAUGCCUCCCUCUUUCCGCCUAAACUAUACCAAUUGUAGAGUUAUUGUCGACUGUUCAGAAGUGAGAAUUGAGAAACCAGGUAAGGUCGCUGACCGGGUAAACUGCUGGAGUAACUACAAGAGUGACUUUACUCUGAAGUUCCUAGUUGGGAUCACUCCAUCCGGUUAUAUAACAUAUAUUUCGGAUGUGUUUGGGGGCAGAUCGAGUGACACAUACAUCCUUGCCAACUCUGGCUUGAUCAACUUGUUGGAACCCGGGGAUAUGGUGAUGGCAGACAAAGGCUUUCCGCAUGUCAAGUGCGACUUGGAAAGUAAGGACGUCACACUUGUCAUGCCACCAUUUGCAAAAGCCAACCAACAGUUCACGAAGGCGGAGAUGCAAGAAACCUAUAAGGUUGCAUCUCAUCGCAUUCAUGUAGAGAGAUGCAUCCAGCGUAUAAAGAGUUUUGCAAUAUUGAAUGAAAGGCUAACUCCAGAACUUAAGUGUCACAUCGACAAGAUAGUACAUCUGUGCAGUGUGUUGGCUAACCUACAAGGUCCUGUGAUCAAGACUGUGUAAUGAGUCCUGUGAUCUACAAACUUGUGCUUAGCAGAAUGAGCACUCCAAGCACAGCGGAAUCAAAUUAUGGCUGUAAUUUAUU